UAAUUUGUAUGGCCAAAGCUAAGAUAACUAGCUACUCCAGAAAUUAGCAAAGCAAAUCAAGAUGUCGUCGUCUCCACCCAUCAAGCUCAUCGGCCAUUUCGCCAGCCCGUUUGUGCACCGCGCGGCGGCCGCCCUGCGCCUCAAGGGAGUGCCCUACGAGUUCAUCCAAGAAGACAUGGAGAACAAGGGCGAGCUGCUGCUGCGGCACAACCCCAUCCACAAGAAGGUGCCCGUGCUCCUGCACGGCCACCGCGCUGUCUGCGAGUCCCUCGUCAUCGUGGAGUACGUCGACGAGGCCUUCGACGGGCCGCCGCUCCUCCCCGCCGACCCCUACGACCGCGCCAUGGCACGCUUCUGGGCACAUUUCAUGGAUACCAAGUGCCGGACGCCGUUGGUUCUGUCGUUCUUGACGGAGGGCGAGCAGCAGGAGGGGUUCCUGAAGGAGACGAAGGAGAACCUGGCCCUCCUGGAGACGCAGCUUGACGGCAAGAGGUUCUUUGGAGGCGACUCGGUUGGCUACCUGGACAUAGCGCUCAGUGGAAUGUCUCAUUGGAUGGCUGCGUUCGAGGAGAUGACCGGCGUGAGCUUGCUGGCAGACGACGACUUCCCUACUCUGCGUCGCUGGGCGAAGGAGUACAGUUCUAACGAAGAUGUGAAGCAGUGCCUGCCGAGCAUAGAGCAUCUCAAAGCCCACUUCUCUGCAACUGCAAAGAAAGACAAGGUCAAAGCAGUGGCCACGGCGAUGCUGCAGCAGCAGCAGCAGCAGUAAUCCGGUGAUGGCUCGUCGUUGUGUGAGAACAUGCAAACUACUCCUAUUCCUAUAUAUGUUAGUAGGGCCAUGAUGCUGUUGAAAUAAAAUAAAAUGGUAGUUUACUGCUUGAUGACUA